GAGUUGAGAAAGAAGUCUCACUGGAUGACUAAUGCCUAUGCAUCUGUACUAUAAACUCUGAAUGAUCAAAGAUGGGCAAAUCGAUGUUUCACUCCUGGGUGGGCAGUGCGUUCUCAACGCAUGUGGUCAAGAGAGCAUAUGAGACGAAUUGAUAAGCCUCCUAUACCGCCUCCUCAUCAUCAUACCAAGUGAGAAAUUACAAAGAACUUCAAGAGUAUAUUUUUCGAUGAUUUUCUAACAAACAAAAAAGUACGAACAAAGAUUAAUUUACGAUCUUGAGGAUAAACCACUGGAAAGCAAACUAAACUGACAUUUGAGAAGAGGUUGACAGCUCAGGAUGUUUUAGAGACUAGAGCAAUAAAUUGAGAAUGACAUAAAGCAGUAAACAGCGUGACAGGAUGUGCUACGUGAUCGUAACUGGCCGCAGUCUUCUGUGGUCUCUUCUUUCCCUUGUUGCUUUGAUGGCUGUUUUGUCAGCCCUCAUUACACCCAAGUGGAUUGUUGGACCUCACCAAAUUAAAAAAAAUACCACAGACCUUUUCUCACCAACGGUCGGGAUCUUUAAUCGCUGUACAAUGCUCUUUGAUAGAAUGCAUUGUGCUAACUUCAAUAGUGAAGGCUUCGCCACUGAUUCUAAAGUAUUUCCGGGAUUUUGGAAAGCUUCUUUAUUUUUUCUUGCUUUGGGAUUAGCAGUCAUGAGUGUUUCAGUUCUUGCUGCUUUACUUGGAUGUUGUGUUCAAAGUGUUGGAAGAAAAAGUAUUUUUAAUCUCGCUGGAGUAACACAAGCAAUUGCAGGGAUAAUUUAUCUGUUGGGAAUGGUUUUAUAUCCGGCUGGAUGGGGAGCUGAAAGGGUGCGAAGAAUAUGUGGGUUGGAAGCCUCUGCCUUUUACCUCGGCGACUGCACUUUGGGUUGGGCAUUUUACAGCGCAGUAAUUGGAAUAGUAUUGACUUUCCUUUGCGCUGUAUUAAGCGCCCAAGCCGAGAAAUCUACUGCCAGUGACAAGGUUCAAGAUAAAAUGAAUGAGGGCAAGACAUUAAUUUGCCUCGCAUAAAGUUUGUGAGAAGUGUUUGGAAAAAGUACCAUUGUGGAAAACAAGAUUUUACGUGUGUAAAUAUAUAACGACAAGAUUAAAUAACUGUUUUCGAGGGCCAGAAGUCAAAGAGAAAGUGGUGAAUACAAAUGAAUCGUUUAUCAUUGCCUAAAAGGUAGCAACAACGAAUAUCAUAUCAUGUUACUUAAAUUUUAUUUAAAAAUAAAUAAUAAUUUAGCUCAUUGACUUGAGUAAAAAUCAUUUUAUGCCUGCGCAUAAAAAGAAGAGAAUCAAUGAACAGAAUAUAAAAUUAUUCUCAACAGCACAUUGAAAUUAUGAUUAUUACAUACAUUUAAGAGUGCUCUUAUUAUAAGUAAAAUAUAGAUAUUCAUAAAUUUAA